CAGAAAUAAGAAACUGUCUUCUUGUCGAAACAACAAAUGAUGGUAUUCUUUGUGCGAUUCUCUACAAGAUGUACUCCGCGUACCAGCUGGUUUCAAGUACGUGCAUUCGUUUAUCGCUGUUUUUAUUCUCAAUUAUGUGAUCAACUUAUUCGACCUGAACUUCUCUCUCAAUCAAUUCAAGAUCAAUUUAUUAAUCUAUUACGUUUAUUAAUUGAACAGAAACCCCGUCAUUUUUUUCGUCUGGGUAUUAUUACAACAUCCUCAGCAACAGAACAACAAAUGAUCAAUGAACUUCAACCAAUACAAAUUCUUAAUGUUUUACGUGAUCAUGACUUAUUAAAUAAAAAUGACUUUCAACAAAUUGUUCAACAAAUGAUUCGUGAUUGUAAACUGGUUAAAUCACAGAUUGCUGGUCUAGGAAAAUCUACUAUUAUUCGUCGUGCUAUUGAACAAUCAAAAAAAAAUUAUGUCAAAUUUCCUAUCUAUGCCGCUUUUGAUGUUGAUACAUUAGCUGAAAGACUUCAAACAAAAUAUCCUCAACUUCAAACAGGAGCAAUUCAUUUUGAUAUUGGUUCAGUUGAUAAUAGUCAACAAUUAAAUGAUAUUCUCCAUUGUCUUCUUCUUUUUCGAAGUUUUCGAUUUGGACAAAUAGCCGUUUCGAUUCCCGCAGGGACUCCUUUGUAUGUUGAAUUGGAUUCGUCAUAUCA